AUAAAUAAAAAUCACAGCGCACAGUUUCGAAAUGGUGCCGCUCCUAGUUACAUUCGCUUUGCUCGCCGCUGUCGGUUUUCUGAUACAUAAAUAUCUGACAUGGCACUAUGAUUACUUCAAAAAAAUGGGCUUAGCUGGCCCAGAGCCGAAAAUAUGGCUUGGAAAUUUUAGCGGUAAACAGCAUAUAGCAUACGAUUUCGAUGAUAUCUAUAACAAGUACAAGCAGAAACAUCAGGUUGUUGGUAUCUUUGUUUCCAGAGAUCCUCAGUAUUUAAUAUUAGAUCCGAAGUUGGCGCACGAAAUUUUAGUAACGAAUUUCAAAAGCUUUAGAGACAAUUUCGGAAGCAAUUUCCUCUACGACAAGAAAGAGGACACGGUCGCCGCAUUCAACCCCUUUUUCAAUGUUGGUGAGGAAUGGAAGACGAAACGAUCAGAUGUAAUGAGUGGACUAACACAGCACAAGCUUACGUCAGCCUAUCCGAUUUGGAAGAAUUGUACGCAAAAGCUCGGAAAGCUUUUAAAAGCACAGACUGCAAAAGGCAGCUCAAUCAUCGAAACGAAAAACCUUCUCUUACGUUAUACAUCCAACAUUUUGGGCGAGUUCCUCUGGGGCCUUGAAACGAAAACUCUGGAAAGUCUCGACGAGCCAAAUACUUACCUGGAAGUAGCGCAAAAAAUACUUGCACAAGUGUUUCAAGGUUUUAUGUGCUACUACAAAUGUAUACCGUUCCCUUGGUACAGACGCUUCGCCGAUCAUCGAAUCUUCCCUCACGUAGGGGACCAACUAUUUUCACAGUUCACAAAAGACGCAUAUGCAAUGCGUGAACGAGAUGCGAGCAAGAAGAAUCAAGCUGAUUUCUUGAAUUACUUGCGGCAAUUGCAGGAAAAGAAAAAUCUCAGCCAUAGUGAGGUGAUAGGCUACCUGGCGACCGUGUUUGUGGAUGGUUAUGACACAGCGGCAACAGUUGCUUUUCACGCGCUCUUCUACUUAACCCAUCAUCCGGAGUAUCAGGAAAAAUUGCGUCAAGAAAUUCAAAGCAAUCUCGAAACUGAUGGUACUAUUAAUUACCAGGCUUUGUCGGUGCUACCCUAUUUGGAUCAGUGUGUGCAAGAAACCUUACGUAUGAUAAGUCCACUCACGUUUACUUCGCGCAUCUGCACAGAACCCACAGAACUGGUGUUGGACGAUGGACGCCGCUUGCCCAUACAGAAAGGUGAGGUGGUAACAAUACCAGUUUUCAGUUAUUUACACGACGCCGAAUACUUUCCAAAUCCGUUGGAAUACAAACCGGAGCGUUUCGAAAACGUCGAUAUCUCGGAACUGACGAAGAGAGGCACUUUUCUGCCAUUCGGUGAUGGGCCACGCAUUUGCUUGGGUCGACAUUUGGGCCUGUUGCAAGUGAAAACUGCUAUCGUCGAAAUACUCAAGAGCUAUCGUUUGAAAGUCUGCGACAAAACUCCACCGAUUGGGAGACUUGAAUCGCAAACGCUUAUUAUCGGAGUGGAUGGCGAUAUGUUAGUUGAAUAUGAGAGAUUAUAAAAAAAAAUUCCUGUUAUUUUCUAUUAUUUUUAAAAGAUAUCAAAAUAAAUACUUUUUCUAGGCAUCUCCAAGAA